AGGAGAGAAUCAUACAGAGAAGAAUAGAAAACCAGAUUGAAGCAGACCUCAACAACCCAACACCCUCCUGAACAACCCACCAAUUUUCAGAGAGAGAGAGAGUCACAGAAGCCAGAGACUGUUUCCAACAUUUCACCCCAGAGAAGCAGAAAGCUCUUUGAUUUUCGCUUUGAUCCUUCUAGAUAUAUAACUCUCCAAUAGUUUUUUUUUUUUUUUGGCUGGGACAAAGAUGGAGAAAAUCAUGGCCAAAUACGAGCUCAGAGCUUGUGGGAUAGUGUAGGAUAUUCAAAGGUGCAGCUUUCUUGGGUUCUCUCUCUCUCUCUCUCUAAAGCUACUCUUUGUUUGUCUUCUUUCCCUCUCUAGUAUGGGUUGCUGGAGAAUGAUAUCAGGAAGCUUGGAUCCAGAGAGGAAAAGGAGUGGUGGGUUGAGAACCAAACAAGCUGGAAGAGGGUCUUGUCGGGGAAGUUAGGCCAUAUAAGAAUUGUAAUCAGAAGAAUGUUGUAUCUCCGGCACUGACUUUCUCUCUCUUGCUAUACGUAUAUAUGUUGGUGUUUGUAUUUGUAUUUUGUUUGUUGUUGAGUUGAACCUUUUAACGCCUGGGAGUCUGUUGGAGUUAUGGGGUAUUUGUUGAAAGAAGCUUUGAAGACCGUGUGUGGGGUGAAUCAGUGGUCUUAUGCUGCUUUCUGGAAGAUCGGUUGCCAAAAUCCUAAGCUUUUAGUUUGGGAGGAAUGUUAUUGUGAACAACCAACAUACUCUGGUCUUCCCCACGUUUCUGGAAUCAAGAGCCCCGAACUGGCUUUCGAUGACUGGGAAGCUUGCUGGGCUUCUGUUGAAGGUCGUUCUUCCCAGCUUGUUCAAGCAGGGGACAAUGUCCAUUCACUAGUAAACAAGUUGAUGAUGGACAACCAAGUCCAUGUUGUAGGGGAAGGACUUGUUGGGCGGUCUGCAUUUACCGGGAACCAUCAGUGGAUUCUUUUGGAAAACUGCAGAAGAGAAGCACAUCCUCCAGAGGUUCUAAAUGAGGUGUGCCAGCAAUUUUCAGCUGGCAUGCAGACUGUUGCGGUUAUUCCUGUUCUUCCUCAUGGUGUUGUUCAACUUGGUUCAUCCUUGGCUAUUAUGGAGAAUAUGGGUUUCGUGAAUAACGUGAAAACCUUAGUUUGUCAAUUAGGAAGUGUUCCUGGUGUUUUGUUAUCUGACCACCAUGUGACAAAAGUUGAUCCUCCAAAGAUUGGGGUACCCAUCUGUCUUGGAAAAUCUGUUUGUGUGGAUUCAUCUGGGAGAUCUAUGGUGACAAAUUCUAUUCGUACAAGUGCUGGCAGCUGCAGCCAACAAAGCCAAUCGACCCAGGCUUUAGCAUUUGCUGGUGAAACUUCUUAUCCACAAAUGAGACAGACUCAGGAUAGCUUGCGGUCUCUUGGUUUGACAUUACAAGCUUCUAACAUGGACCAAAGUAUUUUUAAAUCCCACAUGGAUCACCAUGAAGCAAAACUUUUUUCGGCAAUAACACCAAACCUUUCUUCAAUUAGCCAACUGGAAAAAGGAGUAACAAAAGCUGAAGUGAUUCCCUUGAAUCCGGAAAUAUGGUUGAACCAGCAUGAUUCUUUGUACAUUCCAAGGUCUGGAAUAGAUCAACCACCUUGUUUUGAAAGCCCAUCAGCUGCAAAUGGUGCCCACAUAAGAUUAAUGGAACGGCAGAUCUUGACAGAUGCUGGCCUCCAAGAUCAUUUGAACAGCAGUCUCAAAGCAUCGAAUGGCUUUAUGAUGACUCAGCUGAGAACAAAUAGAGACCUAGCUUCUACUUCUCACAAAGAUUCUGUUCCUAUACCAUUAGCGGAAGUAAGCGGGUUACGUAAUGGUGUUAAUAGUCAUACGAGAGCAAUUUCACAGCAGUGUUCCCUUUCAGAUGCAAACAGACAUGUUCACAAUCGUAUAUCUUGCCCACAUAUUGCUGAGAGUAAGCAUCAAAAUGUGGAUUCAUCUGAAAUUGAGGUGUUUUCAUCUGAGUUUGCAGGGCGCUAUACUGAUCACUUGGUUUCAGGUGGUUUUGGCCUCCGAAAUCAUAAUGAUACACCUGACAAAUGUUCUCAAAUUGAGUUGGCAGUAAGCAAAGAAAGAACAGAAAAUGAUUUAUUUCAAGCCCUUAGCAUCCAAUUGCCACAACCAGAUGAGCAUCUGAGUUUCAAUGAGCAUAUUCCUGUUUUGGAUUAUGAUAACCAAAAUAAUGGCUAUGGAACCCAAACUCCAAGGUUGAAAGGUACCAAAUAUGAAGAUUCAUGUGUCCAACCUCCAUCAGGUGAUGACUUGUUUGAUAUUUUAGGGGCAGAUUUCAGAAGCAAACUUUUGAAUGGCAGCUCCAACAAUCAUUUGAAGAAGGGGCAGGAGGAUGCAAACACACAAAAUUUGGAUAAUAGUCCUAUAUCUAUGAAAUAUCAGGGUGCUGGUUCUGACUUGUAUUCAGUUAAUGAAGGGUACUCUGAUAGCGGUAGUUUCUCUGUGACAGGCACUGAUCAUCUUUUAGAUGCUUUGGUCCCGAAAAUUCACUUUGCUGCCAAGCAGAGCUUAGAUGAUAAUGUCUCUUGCAGGACGACAUUGACAAACCUCAGUAGUUCUUCUGUUCCUGUUGCUUCACCCUCCUAUGGCUGGGCGGGGCUGUCCAAUCUAAUGCAAGGAGAUUUAUUUGGUACGCCCAAGUCUCUGGCAAAAGUAGGGCAACUGAGCACGAGUUCAAUUCGAUCUGGAUCUUGCAAGGAAAAUGCAGGAAACUACUCCCAAAGUCAUUCCAUUUCUGGAUCUCAAAUCAGUUCGUGGGUUGAACAGGGCCAUGACAUGAAGCAGAAUGGUAGUGUUUCAACUGCAUAUUCCAAGAGGCCUGAUGAAAUCAGCAAAUCAAAUCGCAAAAGGCUUAAACCUGGAGAGAACCCUAGACCAAGGCCAAAAGAUCGGCAGAUGAUCCAAGAUCGUGUGAAAGAGUUGAGGGAAAUUGUUCCAAAUGGGGCAAAGUGUAGCAUUGAUGCACUGCUGGAGCGCACCAUCAAGCACAUGCUUUUCUUGCAAAGUGUCUCCAAGCAUGCAGACAAGCUAAGACAGACGGGAGAGCCCAAGAUUAUCAGCAAGGAGGGUGGAUUGCUAUUGAAAGACAGUUUUGAUGGAGGAGCAACAUGGGCAUACGAAGUUGGUUCGCAUUCUAUGGUGUGCCCUAUCAUAGUUGAGGAUCUAAAUCCACCUCGUCAAAUGCUCGUGGAGAUGCUUUGUGAAGAACGAGGCUUAUUUUUGGAAAUAGCUGACAUAAUUAGAGGUUUGGGAUUAACCAUCUUGAAGGGGGUGAUGGAAACUCGGACUGACAAGAUCUGGGCACGCUUUGCAGUUGAGGCUAACAGGGAUGUGACCAGGAUGGAAAUAUUUCUCUCACUUGUUCAACUCUUGGAGCAAACUAUGAAAAGUGGUUCAGCAGCAGCUAAGGGCAUUGUCAAUGAUAAUGUGAUGAUACACCAGUUCCACCAAGCUCCUUCAAUACCUGCAACCGGUGGACCUUGCAGUUUGCGGUGAGUCACUUUCUUAUCCGAUUCUGGCCUGGAUAUGUUGAGAGUGGGCGCAGUUAAGCUUUGCCAUGAUGUGAUGAUCCACCAGUCCCACCAAGCUCCUCCGAUACCUGCGACCGGUGGACCUUGUAGCUUGCGGUGAGCCACUUUCUUAUCUGAUUCUGGCCUGGAUAUGUUGAGAGCGAGCGCAGUUAAGCUUGCCAUGA